AUGCCACACCCAUACUAUGACUAUGCCACCAUCCCACCCUGUGGCCGCAUCACGAUCAACCCAGGAGACAGUCCGCGUCCUACCACGGGCAUUGCCGUGUUCGCCCUCAAUCCCAGCACCCCAGCGGCACAGCCAGCAUCCGCGCCUCCUACUGUCCCUGCUACGACGACAAGCACAACGAGAACGAUCACUUGCACUGUGCAGCCAGCGGGCCCACCUCAGCCUGCCCAAGGAAUGGCGGUGGUCAGACUUCAGCCUGUGCUGACAUCGACUAGCCCGCCGGCCACCGCAGCGGCCGGCAUGGCGGUGGCAUGGACUACGGCGAGUGGAGUUGUUGUGAGGAGUGUUGGUGCUUGGGUGAGGAGAUAG